AUGGAUAGCAACAAGAACGAGGAGUGCUGUUAUAACGCCAACGGAGGGCGACUCGUUGGUGCGGGCGGCCGAACAGCAGUCAUUGCAGUUGACUGCAUUGGAAAAGCGAUAUCCGCUGCCAAAUAUCAGAACCAGUUCAACAACAACAAUCUGAUCGAGCAAGAAAAUCUUAUGCCUACGGUACAUGAACGUGUCUCCGGCAUGAUGAAGGACGACGAAUCGUCUUCUGCCGUGCCCCAUCAAAAUGGAGCCGUGGCAAAUGAUUUAACAGUGAAAGAAAAAGUUCUCGCUGAAAAUGGAUCCACUCGCCACGUAUCAGCCAUUUUUUUACAACCUUCUCCAACGGCCUGCGCUAGUAUUAACGCCCCCUCAGAACGGAUACACCCGGGACAGCAGAACGGUGUGGAAUGCCUUACCUCUAUUACCAUUUCUAGUACUACUAACACCAAUAGCUUUAAUCCUACGACCAACGGAACGGGUCCCGGGCAUCACGAGCUUGCCGUCGACGUAUCGAACGAUCGACGAGAGCUCACUUUGAAAGCUUUGACGGCGGAAUUAAACGACGUGUCCGAUUUACCGGACGACGGCGAGCUUUCAGACAACAAUUCCAUUGGCAAUCCGUCGUGUAGUAACGAAAACGGCCUAAUUCAAGACAUCAUCCUGCUGCCAGAUAACGCAUAUUCGGACGAUGACAAUGCGUCCACGUCAGAUGACUGUAUCUACGCGUAUCGCGGCGAAGAACCAGCCGGAGCAGGGCGACAGCUGCUAGAACUUCAAGGCGAUCUGCCACCAGACGAAGAAACCGAUUUCCUUGAGAUGGACUUCGAUCCAGAACCGAGCUCGGAGAUGGAGAACGUUAGUAGACAUCAAGAUGCGUUGCAGGAUAUGCUUGAUGUUAUGUAUAUUCCUGCGGCACGCCCUACCGAUGGCAAGCAAGGACAGGAGCCCUUCGUAACCCGUUCGCCAUCUCCGGAGAGUCGAUCACCCACAAUUCCAUUGAUGAACGUGGUAGCCUAUGAAUCACGGGCAUCACCAUCCGAGAACGGUAUGGUGAGAGACAAAAUUCCUUCCGAAUCCAGUGAUGAAGCCGCACAAAUCGUCGGACUAAAUGGAACCAUAGGUACCGUUCCUGAACCAUUUAUUGAAGACGGAGAGAAUUGCAAAGUGAAAGACGUUAUUGACAUUGUAAAAAAACCAAUUCACAACACGGAUAGUGCUUCAAAACAGUCGGUGGGUCUUUCACAAGCUCACAAAACGGGUGCCAUUCCGAAAAGCAUGCCCAUGUUGGCAAGUCAUUCGUCAUCAGGUGGUCGGGAAGGCUCAUCGAAUUCAAAAAACCUUAAGCUGGACCUGGGACUUCUAUCAGAUGAGACAGAUGGUGCAGAAAAGCACCGCUUUCACCAGUAUUCGCUAUUUCAUGAACCACGGGAAUAUGUAGCGAGUGGUCAGUCAAGAGGAUUGAACGAGAACGGGGAAGAAACGCAAUGUUUGAACUGUGCUGGCCAAGAGUUCUUUAUGUACCCGAAACAAAUUCCUGCUAGAUUCCAGUUCUGUAAUGUUUGUCAACGUGGCAUCAACUCGACGAAAAAAGCGAAUGCACAAUCCUCGUUGGCACGGGCAAAUUCCUACUUUUAUGAUUCCCUGGACCACCACAAUCGGAGCUCUGAGGAAGAGGAUGAGUUGCUGAAUCUUCGUGCCGAACAGAUUGUGUUUGAGACUUUACAUAAAAUCAACACCCUCAAGGAAACCCCUCCCAGUGGUAGGCUAUCGCGUAUUGACGAACGAUCGAUAGGGAAACCAAGAACACCAGAGCUUACGGAGGGUCACCAUCGUUCUGGGUUACCACCUGAUCAGGUGGUUCCUAUCGAUUACCAUGAACAGGCAUAUUCGGAACAUAGCGUCACCAUUUACACGAUCAAUUGCAACAAACUGACAAUAAUAGAAGCUUUGACGAGAAUUGGGAUUGUACCGAAUCUGAACGUGCUUGAACAACACUUUCUCGACCAAUACGAGGUCGAUACGACCAAAAUGACCAUACCGCAGUAUCUGCUACACAUGUCGAAGCGCGACUGCAACUACAAGAAAUUGAUCGAGGCCAUCAAAUCAUGCUGUGAUGAUAAAUCGUUGGACGUUCAAUACUACCCGCUUGAUCCGUUCUCUGAUGCUCCGGAGGUUGUGCAGAUCAGCUCUGUUGAGAUAGCAAAGCGGUGGAACGCCAACACCAACCUGAGGCAAAUAAUUCACUUCAAGCACAAACACUUUCACUCACUAAAUGUUCUCGGUAAAAUCGUGAACAUACUCCGUCAGCCUAGUCGUGGUCGACGCACCAACCACAUGAUCAGUAUACCGCAGUACUAUAAAAGUGGCUCUAUCACGAUAACCCGAACUGGUGGAUCGUGACUGGUGGGACCGCCUGGGCUAGUCAAUGGCAGAGCAGGAUCAGACGUAUCCCACUAAACCAAUCCAGUGAUUUUUAGACGUACCGCCAUUAUCCUUUUGGAGCUGGAACUGUGGAAGGAAUACGAUCGAAAAAGAAAAAAAAAGUGAGCGGCAAAUAUCAAUUGUGUAAGCCCUUAUUAAUGUUAUUUAUGCUUACGAAACGCUACGCGGUUCUAUGUUGCUGCCUUUUGGAUCGUACUCGCUUUGCGCGGUUUAAUUAACGUUAAGUCCUACUCAUCGCUAAGUGCGCACGUGCGGUGUUACUGAAGCAACUUCAUAGCAAUUAUUGUUCCGCGCAGAAGAAAGCGACCGAACUUGCUAUUGUAAAUAUUAGAUAGAAACCUAUUUAUUCUACCGUACGCGCAGGCAUACUACUUCGAGCAAUAGCACCAUGAAAUAGUGGUGAAUCGAUGUGUGCAAACAAACACGUAAGAUGCUGUAUAACUUCUUUUCUCUUUUGAUUCAUUUCCAAUCGAAAUGUAUCGCGUGCGCAAAAUAAGUCGUAAAUUUCCGGCUAACGUUUCGGAAGAAACUUCAGCGAUUGUCUUUCCGAGAUCGAGGAAGAAGUUGAGCAAAAAUUUGAAUAAAGCCGAUUAAAUAAUGCUGUGAUGCGCUGUUUUUGAAGUUACGUUUCCCUCAAUUAUCAACUAGCUGUAACCAUUGAGGAUGUGUGUUUGAGGGCUUUAAUUUUAGAGUUCUAUAAGGGUCCCAGUGUUACCGUGGUAAGAAAGCAAGUUACGGGCCGUGUAUGAAGGUUCGCGGUACACAAUGUUUAACGAGGCAGUGCUCUCGGGCACGGGUAUAGGCGAAGCAAGCAAAAUACACAUUUAUCCUAUCGCAAUAACAAAACGCUGAUCGAAUGCUAUUGAGACGGGUAAGCCUGUCGGAAUGGAAAAAAACCCUUUUUGAUCGUAUUAUACACAUUAUACACGCAACAUUUACACGAACACGGCUAGCAGAUUGGGUGAGGUCGCAAGCAAAUUCGUUGGUAGCUGAAAUCUAUCGAAUAAACACGCUGUUUGUACACACGGAACCCUAUUUUAUUCCAACAAUGUGAAGCCGCAUGUGGCCAAACACGCGGAAAAGACUCAAAAUAAAAUCAAACCAACCAAUUCAAGAA